AACUAGCCCAGAUGAAUGAAUACCCCCGAACGCGGCCCACGACGCGGGUGGAAUUCGGCCACUGGCCGCGUUCAGAAGUCGGCGGGGGUCAUUCGCCCGCGACCUUCCGGCGAGCCCUAGCGACGACGACGGCGUGGGCGCAGUCUCAUCCCUGGCACGCGCCAACGAGGAAGACGGGAGGAGUGGCCGACGGGCGGCCGCGCCUUAGCUUCCGACCACCACCGCCGCCGCCGCCGUGGGAGUUGGAGGAAAACCUAUUAGCAAGCAUUAAUCGGAUACCAAGAUGCUGGGCUCCAGAUUCAUCGAGUUCGAACUGGAAUAUUCAAAAACCAGGAACCUUUCAGUCGGCGACGUCGUCCGCUCCGAUGAGAUCUUUGCCGGAGGGCACGUCUGGAAGAUAUACUGCUACCCAUAUGGCACCAAGAAGGCCAGCACAGGCAGAUACGUCUCCCUGUACCUACGGCUCGUCAGCAAAGCCAAAUGUGUCAAGGCCAUCUUUGAGGCUUCCCUGCUACGCAGGGGCGGUCCUGGGCGUGCAAAAAGAUGCACCAAGGUGUACCCACCCAAUGGCAUCAGCUCUAGGAGCAGGGGAUGGCAUGAGUUUGUAAGCCGAAGCGAUCUGGAGUCUGGUUCCGUCCGGAAAGGAUGCGUUACAUUCUUAUGUGGGAUCACGGUUCUGUGUGACAGCUCCAUUGCUGUGCCAUCCUCGGACAUAGAGAGCCAUCUUGGCGGUCUGCUGGAUCGCUCCGAGGGGACGGAUGUUUCAUUCUGCGUGAAAGGCGAGACGUUUCACACGCACCGGGCAAUUCUCGCCGCGCGGUCACCGGUCUUCAGGGCGGGGCUCUUUGGCCCCAUGGCCGAGUCUACAAUGGCGUGUGUCACGCUGCACGAAAUUGAACCUUUGGUGUUUAAAACCCUGCUUCGGUUCAUGUACACUGACUCCCUGCCUGUGGACAGAGAGCUCGGGGACUCUAUCACUGAUAUGGUAAAGCAUCUGCUUGCUGCAUCGGAUCGGUAUGCAUUGGACCGGUUGAAGCUCGCAUGUGCUCAGAAGUUGUGGGAAGGUGUGUCGGCUGAUACGGUUGCGGAUGCUUUAGCUUGCGCUGAGAUAUACAAUUGCCAAGAGUUGAAGAGCAGGUGCAUUGACUUUGUUAUGGCAAAAGAUAAUUUCAAGAAGACUGUGUUGACUGAAAGUUUCAUUAGCUUGUUGCAUAAAUUCCCCUCUAUUCGUGCUGAGCUGAGAGCGAAGGUUGGGAGUUGAGACAUAGCACUGGAUUAGACGAAAAAAAUCGUUGCCAAGUGAUACUGGCAAGUAAGGGGACAUGGAGGAAAUCGUGGUACAGUUCAGAUACAGAGCUAUGGAUGUGCACUGUCCUGAAGCUUUGUAGGCUACUUUCGGUUCUGCACCAUUUUGUCCUGGAUGUGCACACUGUCCUGAAGCUUGUUUGGAUGUCCAUUUCGGCUUUUCUGAUAAUGUAACUAUGCGUUGUCUUAACUCCAUGGCCCCUCAAAAAAACUCCAUGGUCCCUUAUAAACUAUCUCAAACUACUAUAAGUUUGGUUUUGCAAUGAAAAAGCCGCUGGGUGCCCGUGCUAAUUCUUCAGUUAAAA